AUGACGAUUCUAAUACACAUGGGGGGCCUCGGCCUGCCGAUCAUAUCUGCUCUGCUUUGCGUGGGCGCGUGUUUGUUGCUGGGAAAGGCGGUUUACAAUGUCUGGUUCCACCCGCUGGCGAAAUUUCCUGGUCCAAGAUGGAAUGCUGUUUGGCACCUCCCAGCCUCGUACGAGUUUCUGCGGGGAAGGUUUCCCCGGUACCUACACUGCCUCCAUGAAAGGUACGGCGAUGUUGUCCGCGUUCGCCCCGGAACACUGUCCUUCUCUAGCUCUCAAGCCUCCAAAGAUAUCUUGAUCAACAAGCCGGGACGUGAUCAGCUGCAGAAAGACCCAGAAUUGUUCUUCAAGUCGCCAAAUGGCGCUUAUAGUAUAUUGAGUGUACCGAGUGAUUCGGACCAUAGCCGGUAUCGUCGCCUUUUGUCGAGUGGAUUUUCGGAGAGAGCAAUAAGGGACCAAGAGGCUGUUCUUAAGACCUAUGUUGAUCUCCUCAUACAAGGCUUGCACCAAAAGGCCAAAGAUGGACCUCAGGAUAUGGUGACGUGGUUCAAUUGGAUAACUUUCGAUGUGAUUGGCGAGUUGACAUUCGAUCGAUCAUUUGAUUGCCUGAGGAACCAAGCCUACCACGAAUGGAUUCCAUUCGUCUUUGGAGGUGUAAAAGCCAUAAUGAUCCGAAGCGAACUCUCUCGCUACCCCUUAAUCACCAAGAUCAUGAUGUGGCUAGACCGUGAAAAACUUCUAGCAGCCAGAGAAAAGGGAUUCAGGUUUGCAGAAGAGCGGGUCAAUCAUCGCAUUGCCUCCGCCACUGACCGGCUGGACUUUUUGAAUUACAUUCUUCGCAAGGGAGGGAAGGAAAGAGAAAUGAGCCGUGCUGAAAUCGAAGCAACCUCUUCUACCCUAGUCUUAGGUGGAAGUGACACGACGGCGACGCUUCUGGCAGGCACGGUGUUCUACUUGCUCCAGAACCCGCAGGUUAAACAGAAGCUGGUGGCCGAAAUCAGAGGUGGGUUUUCAGACGAAGCCGAAAUAACCAUGACUACCGUCGGCAAACUUCCAUACCUCCUUGCGACUCUAGAGGAGGGUAUGCGGAUGUAUCCUCCGGUCGCUCUUGGAUCUCCACGUAUAGUCGGGGAUGAGGGUACAGUGCUCGGGGGGUAUCUUGUGCCGCCUAAAACUCAUGUUCUCAACAGCCAGUACGUGGCUGCUCACUCUUCAAGGAACUUCCACAAUGCCGAGUCCUUCGCCCCUGAACGUUGGCUUGACGAUCCUGUAUACAAAAAUGACGACAGGGCUGCUAGCCUUCCUUUCUCCCUAGGUCCACGGAACUGCAUCGGGAGAAGUCUUGCAUACGCCGAGAUGCGCCUGAUAACAGCCCGACUUUUAUGGAACUUUGAUAUCGAAAUAGGUCCAGAUAUUAGCACGUGGAUCGAGCAGAACAAGAAUUGGACGUUGUGGGAGAAGCCACCUCUACCAGUGCUGCUGAAGCCAGUGCGGUAA